CAGUCCUAGAAAUCAAAACCCACUUCACUGACAGCAGGAGCGACAGGAGGACACCAGGACACUCCGUGGCUGGAAAUGGAGUCAGUGAGCUUUGAGGAUGUGGCUGUAAAGUUCACCCAGGAGGAGUGGGCUAUGAUGGAUCCAUCCCAGAAGAAGCUGUACAAGGAUGUGAUGCAGGAAACCUUGAGGAACCUGACUUCUCUAGAAAACAAGUUGAAAAACCAGAAGAUUGUAAAUGAAUAUGAAGAUCUCUGGAGAAAACUAAGCAGCCAACUGGUAGAGCAAUUCUAUGUUUGUAAAGAAAAUCUUCAAUGUACAGAAAUCUUCAGUUGUAUUCCAGAGCUUUCUGUGAACCUGAAAUCUUGUCCAGGACUUGCCACAUGUGAAAAGCAUGUGUGUGGAGAAGGAAGCAUUGACCAUUCAUCUCCAGUUAUGCCCCUGAACCACAAGAUAGGACACAAACCUCAUGAAGUCCAGGAAUGUGGACAGAAGUUGUAUAAACAUAAGGAAUUUGAUGAUAGCCCUAGUUCUCCUCUGUCCCUUCAGAUGCAUAAAAGUGCUCACCCUGGAGAUAAACCUUUUAAAAGUAGAGCCUGCAAAGAAGACCGUCUAUCUAUCCAAUCUAGUCAUAGUCAAAGGAAUGAAGAAUAUGACCAUGCAAAAAAAUCUUACAUUUGCAAGCAAUAUGGAGAAGGCUUCACCCAUCCCAGUCCUUUACAAAGACAUGAAAAGAGUCACAGUGUUAAGAAGCCCUAUGUGUGUGAACUGUGUGGGAAAGGCUUUGCUCGGUUUGGUAACCUUUUAAGACAUCAAACAACUGACACAGGUGAGAAUCCUUUUCUGCCUAAUCAUUAUGGGAGAACUUUUUCUCAUUCUGCUUGCCUUCGAAGACGUAUGGGAAUUCACAGUAGUGAGAAGCCCUAUGUGUGUGAGCAGUGUGGGAAAACUUUCCUUGAUUCUACUUACUUUCGAAUACACAGAAGGAUCCACACUGGUGUAAAACCAUACGUAUGUAAGCAAUGUGGGAAAGCCUUCACUGCUUCUCGUUACCUUAAAUCACAUGAACUGACUCACACUCGGGAAAAAUCUUACGUAUGUAAGCAAUGUGGGAAUUCCUUCACGUUUUGGUAUCAGUUUCAGAAGCAUAAAGUAAUUCACAGUGGUGUGAAUCCCUAUGUUUGUAAGCAUUGUGGAAAAGGCUUUACUUAUUCCAGCUCCCUAAAAACACAUGAAAGAAUUCACACUGGUCAGAAGCCCUAUGUGUGUAAGCACUGUGGGAAAACCUUUGGUAGUUCUGGUAACCUUAAAAGACAUGGAAGUACUCACACUGGAGAGAGACUCUAUAUAUGCAAGCAAUGUGGGAAAUCUUUCAAUAAUCACAGUUCCUUCCAAUUCCAUAAAAGAAUGCAUACUGGAGAGAACCCCUACAAGUGUAAGCAGUGUGGAAAGGAUUUAGCUUCUUCAUCAUCCCUUCAGAGCCAUGAAAGGAAUCACUCUGGAGAGAAGCCCUAUGUGUGUUUGCAAUGUGGGAAAGCUUUCAGUUCUGACAGUUCUCUUCGAAAACAUAAAAUAAUGCAUAGUGAAGAAAAACCCUAUGAAUGCAAGCAAUGUGGGAAGGCUUUUCGUCGAUUUUUUGAGGUUCGAGUCCAUGAACGAAUCCACAAUAGUGAGAGACCCUAUCAAUGUAAGACUUGUGGGAGAGGCUUUUCCAGUUCAACUCAUUUGCGAAGACAUGCACCAGUUCAUAGUAGAGCAAAUAAGGAUGUUUGCAAAUAGCAUGAGAAAGUCUUCUCUUGUGUAGUUCUCAAGAAAUCAAACAACAUGGAACAACUUAGGCUAUCAAUAUGGGAAAAUGUCAAACGAUUGUAGAGAAACUAUUCUUUUGAAUCCAUGUGGAUUUUAGUAUCUAUAGAUAGCAUUUAGUUCUUAGGGGUCCUCAAAAGACACAGUGGUAGUCAUUUUGAGGAGAAACACUUCAUAUAUAACUUGCUGGUUUGACUAAG